UGCUUGGCAGGCAUCAAGGCCGAGGAACCAGCUGGUAGCAACCGUCCCCAUGGCAACGCUAACACAGCAGCCUGGCUUGCCUGCCUGCCUGCCUUGAGAAGGAGCCCGGCAAAGAUGGUUGACGCGGGGUCAGGCCUGGAGAAGCUGGAUGUGGGCUCCCUGCAUGCAGAGCAGCAGACGAAGCUCAUGCAAUUCAAGAUAAACACCAGGCUUGCCAAUGAGAAAUACCUUCGAGCCCACAAGGAAGUAGAACUGCUGCUGUCUGGAUUUCUCAGGGAAGUCUUGAUGGAAAGACCAGAUAACAUACGGGAGUUUGCUGCUGACUAUUUCACCAACCCGGAACUCCACAAGAAGGUCCAGCAACAGAUGAUGGAAAAGCUAAAUGAGGCCAUCUGAGAGCCACCUUGCACCCGAGUCCUUCUCAGGGGAGGAUGCCAACUCUUCACCUUUGGAUCCCCCCCCCUCCGUAACUAACAAAUAGACCUAUACCUUGCAUGGGGCCUCUUGGAAAUGGGAGUCAACGGGUUACAUCCAACUCACUCCUUCUCAGAGCAGACC